UUUCUGCACAUUUAUGUUUGUAACUUUUAUUUUUCAGGAACAUCUGAAUGGGCUUCAAUAAAUAAUCCUGUGCUCAAACUGGUGAGAAGAUUGAAUCCUUCUAAAACAAGAGGUGGCUCAGACAGUUCUGAUGUGAAAAUUUCUCACAGCGGCAGGGACAUGGAGACCACACUUGGAGCCAUGAAUCUUACUUUCUCUGUUGAGGACAAAAAUGGAAAUAACAUUACUUGCUCCAGUGAGCAUUCCCCUGAUUCAGUGAGAAGUUCUAGCAGCUUGAGUGGUGGCAGUUCAGACAGUCCUCCUGAUGUUGAAAUGGAGGACUGUAUAAGUGAUGCCACUUCUGGGGUAAACUUAAAAAUAAGGAAAACCAUCUCCAGUACCACCUUCACUUGCACCGAUAAUGGAAAAACUUCUUCCUCAAAUGUAGUGGUGAAUUCAAGUGGCACAAUUAUUGUUGACCUUGUAAAGUCAAAGAUUAACAACUGGAAUCAGAAUAUGUCACUCUUGAAAGUGGACCCUAAAACUAGUGAUGUAGGAGCCACUGAAUGUGAAGAAAGUGUCAGUGUUGAGACCAAUGACAGGUGCUCAGAAUCCUCUCCUGUCUGUGGAGAACGAGAGCUGUAUGAGAUGGACUCCUGCAAGCCAUCACAGCAUGGCUGUAGUGAGAAUUGCUGCUCUGUGAGCUCUGAUGAGAUGGUGAUGAGGAGCAACAGUUUUGUCUUGCAAGAGACCGACCAGCCGCUAAGCAUUUCUCUGCUUGGGGAGUCCAAGACCUCCUUGGACAUUUCGUCUGAUUUUGGCAUGGUGUUGGGCAUGUUGCCUGAUGUUUGUGAGGGAAUUUGUGAAGAUUAUUCAGCCAAGGUGCCUGAGGGAGACCCAAAGAAUCAGGGCUUGGAGCAUACCUUCGUCCAACCAAACAAUCAGACCUUUCUCAUAGAGGGGAAUUUCUUUCAAAUGCCUUUAGGUCUCUCUGACUGUCAGAGAGAAACAGAGGAAAAGACUUUGCACCUGGGUUCUGACCAAUUUGAAUUUGUGACACCUGUUCAUCAUCACAAUGUGCAAAAGUUGUCAUGCAACACUGGCAGAUCGAACCGCUCAACUCCAGCAGAAGGGAAGAAGGUGCUCCUCACAGCUUCUGAGGAUUUAGACAUAAGUGGCAAUGCUCAAACUUCAACUCCAGUGCAGUCUGUGAGUAAUAAGACAUUUUGCCUCCCAUCUCUCUCUGAAUCACUUCUCAACAAAGAUGAAGGCGAUUCAGUGAGCCCAAUGGCUCAAGUCAUCAAUCGGCAUCAAAGAAGUGCCUCUCAGAAGUCCAAAACACCCUUGGUGGCAGCAAGAAAAAGUGGUAAAGUAGAAAUUAAAAUAUUUCCCAAGCCUAACUUCAGUAAUAUAAAGUCUAAAAUCCUGUCUCGUGCCACUAACCCCUUCAAGACAUCGAGUGUACCAGUCUCAAAGGCAUCAUCGAGCUCUGUUCCUCAAGCUAAUGAAAAUCAGACUGUGGGCCACUCUGCUCAAUGCAAGUCAUCUCCUAAGUCUGCCUCAGCUGCAGUGAGCAACACCGCUGCUACACCAGCCCAAAGUGUAAAGAGUUCCAGUGCAGCUAAAAGAACACGAUCAUCCACUUGCCAAGAAAGUGGUCCGGCCUCAAAGUCUCAAGCUCACCGUUGGUCUGAAAGUGCUACCUCUUUCAAAGCAAGUAAAGAUGGGUCACAAGAAAAAAAUUCACAGGUCAAUAGGACCUUGAACAACCUUGCUACACCACAAACUCUAUCUAAAGGAGGUUCUCAGAGUCUUGGUGGAAAGAUUAAACCUGCAGGUGGUCAUGCAUCCUCUGAAGAAGAUAUUCAGGGGAAAGAGUCACUAAAGGGUCAUGGGAAAAAUCUGAAAAUCAGUCUGUUUGCAGGAUCUUCCAGGCCGGCUGCAGCAGCAUGCGAGCGGAGUAGAGUGAGGCUUGGCCCUCAGCCAUCCCCAGCCAGGACAGGAGGCGCCUGUGCUGCUCUCGGUCCUGCUGCAAACCUUCAGCCACCACUCUCAACUGUGUCUAAGCUCAAACCUGGUACUGCAGGAAAAGAUGGCAGCCAUACCACUGACAUGCCUUCUCCCAGAAACAGAUUGAGCACACCUGAGGUUAAGCUCAAAAUCCACUUGACUGAGGGCACAAGUGCAAUUUCAAGAGAGGCCCAUUCCAGACCUGCCCUUUCCACUGCUGCCCCAACAGGAUCAGCCUCCAAACCUGUGAAGCCCAAAACACUGCCCAAGAGCUCCAGCACUUCCUCUCAGACCAGUGGACACCCAAAGCAAGACCACCCAGAGCCCUCUGUUGGAGCCUCAAGUAAACCUCCAUCUAACAGGAUCACGUUGUUAAGAACCAAGCUUCAGUGUCUGUCAACCAGAGGUGUAUCAUCAGGAUCAAAGAACACGUCGUCAUCAGGUCAAUGUUCAGCUAGAUGUUCAGGCAGUCCUCUGAAAACCCCUGCCUCAACCCGACCCUUGAGACCUGCUGCUACUCCAACAGUUGACAAGAACAAGUCCAGGACAAGUUCCCGGAACCUGCAGACACCAACAAAUGGCCAUCCGGAUCUGGUACCACCGGAGAGUAAGGCAAGAAGCGUAGAGUAUUACAAGGUUCUGUGUGAGAAGAAGAACCAGACAAUCCAACAGCUGGAAAACACUGUCCGAUCCAACAACCAUAGGUUCGAGGCUGUUGCUGUGGUCAUAAAGCACCUAUAUGCAGAGCAUGAGGAGAUGAUGAAGCAGCGCAGGGAGCUGUCUCAGGAGCUGAUCACCUUGCGUGAGGAGCUGGUGAGCUCGGCUCACUCAUGUGAGCGUCUGGAGCUGGAGAAGGAGGAACUGCGUGUGGCCUUUGAUGGAGUUCUGCAGAAAGUCCAGGAGCAGCACUGCUUGGACCUGGCUGACCUGGAGGAGAGGCUGAAGACCUUUUACUCCACUGAGUGGGAGAAGGUCCACCAGACCUACCAGGAAGAGGCUGACAAGUGCAAAGCUCAGAUGGAGCAGCAGCUGGAAGAGUUACGAGCAAAAGAUGAGGUUUUGAAGAAAGAACUGGAAGUCAGCCAUAUAGAGGAGGUGGACAGCCUUAAACAACAAUUUGAAGCAUCUUUUAAAGAACUCAGACAGUCCCAUGAAAAGGAAAUGCAAACCAUUAACACAACACUGAAGGAAUCAAAGGAAACAUUAUCUGAGCUCAUUACAGAGAAUAACACCCUUAAAGAAAAACUGAAGGUUGAAGAGAAGAGAAGGAAUGAUCUGGCUGAACAAACGCAGAAGGACUCCCACACCCUGUAUUUGGAGCAAGAUCUUGAAAGCCUUAAAGUAGUGUUGGACAUCAAAAACAAACAGAUCCAUGAACAGAAAAAGAAACUCAUGCAGUUUGAUAAACUGAUGGAGAGGAAUGUGAAGCUGGAUGAAUGUUUCAAAAAGCUGCAACAAGAAAAUGAGGACCUCAAAGCCAGAAUGGACAAACAUGCUGCUUUGUCGAGACAACUGUCCACAGAGCAGGAAGUUCUGCAGGAAUCUCUCCAGAAAGAGUCCAAAGUGAACAAACGACUGUCUAUGGAAAAUGAAGAGCUGCUCUGGAAGCUUCACAAUGGUGAUCUGAGCAGCCCACACAAGAUCUCCCCUUCACCCUCCCUGACUCUACAGUCACCACGCAACUCUGGGAUGUUUUCCAGCCCUCCCGUCUCACCCAGAUAACAAUGGCCUUCAGCUUCCAGGAAGCAUCUUCAUGGACUUUUCAGACAGAACACUUCCUGCAUGCUGAAGAUGAUAUUAACUGUUGGUCUGGACCAUUUCAAUGGCUGAAAGCCUCUCCAAAAUGGAACUGACUAUCAAUUCACUUUUGUACUAAUGAAUGAGUAAAAAAUAUUGAAUAUUGAAGACAAUAUUGCACAGAAGCACUUACCAAUGAGGUCACCUUUGUUCUUUUGCCUUUCAUGUCUGACUAUGGAGGAAAAAAGGAAUAUCUCAGGGCUUGAUAAGUUGUCUCUUUCCUGCUUGGAUUGCUUUUUUUUGUGUGUGUGGUUGGUGAUUUUAACUGGCUGUCUGUUGUCUUGAAUGGUUAUCUCUGUAGAGAACUGACAUCAGAAUCCAUGAAUUGAAGGCCUUUUUACCACCAGAUGCCUUUAAGUGUUCCUACAUUUUACAGGAUUUUCCUUGGCUUUGUGACAAAUGUCCAAGUGGAAUGCCCAAAUUGGAAAUUUCCCAGAUGUUUGACUUUAACCCUCAGAUUUCAGGAGAACAACAUUAACUUUUUAAAGAAGCGCUUGAUAGAUCUAUCAACUCCAUAAACAAUGCCAUAAACUGAUGCAGGUCACCAUUUAGUUAAAUGGAAAUACUCAACUGAUGAAACUGAUCACAACCAGGUGUUCACAAAAACAUAUGCAACAUUUUUGUGUCUUGUUUUCUGUGUAAUUUCUUUCUUUGAUUUUGUAUAUGGGGAAUUUGAUCAACUUUUAUUUUGUUCAUGAAAACUUGUUGCCUGAUACGUCAUGCAGUUCAAGAUCUUCUUGAAGGCAUCUAAUGCAUGUUUCAUCACUGCUGAAAUGCUCUCUAAUUAUAUGCUUCAUAGAUGAGAUUUGAUCAAAUGACUGAUGCAGAAUGAACUCUGAUGAUCAAAAAGCUUGAAUGUUCAUAGCAAUGCCUGUAUCAGCUAUUAAAAUGGGAUGAAUUAUCUGUUUCUUCAAACAUGAUUCAAUCAAUCAUCAGAAAUACAGUCUAAAAAUGGUAUGCUGUUAAAACUGAGUGCUUUAAUAUUGAAAUGGUAUCAUGUCAUAAUGCAGCCCUUUGACUGAAAGCAUGUAUUAUUGGGAAUUUGCUCUUUUUUUUUUUUUCAUAACUGUAUCUUAUUGAAUACAGGUUUUGUAUAUUAUUCAGUAUGACUGAUCCCUGGGAGACAGAUUUAUUUACCAUAUUUACGAAAAAAUCUUUUUUAUUAUUAUUAUUAUUUCUGUGUUUAUGUUUGAUGAUGAGACCAAUGUUAAUGUCUGACUGAGCAUCUUCCAGUGGCCUCAAGAGCACCCCUGCUGUCUGAAAACCUCCACUGCAGCUUUAAAUUCAAGCUUUUACAAACCAAAAUUGUAUAUCGGAGUAGAAGUGGUUGAAUUGUUUUUUUGUUUGUUUUUGUUUUGUUUUUAUAUUGGUUGCUAAGCUGUUUGUGUGGAUGUUGGUGUGGAACUGAAACUUGAAAAUAUGCAAUUA